ACAAAUCAACUAAAUUUGAAGUUGAAUUAUCGUGGGAAAAUGUUACCUUCAGUAGCGGAUAUAGGUAUUGAUCAGGGUGGCUCUCCCAUGGAAAUACAAUUUGAACAAGGUGAUGGCUGCAAUAAACUCAGUCAUGGCUACAACAAAUGCAUUCAAUUUCUCCCACCUUCACUUGUUCAAAAGAUUUUAGCGGAGACCAUUUCUACAUUUUUUCUGGUGUUUUUUACAUGUGGGUCAUCAAUUCUGAGUCAGAAAAACGAGAAUUUGGUGUCAAAGCUUGGAAGCGCUAUGGCUUCUCGUCUAAUCGUAACCAUCAUGAUAUACUCCGUUGGCCACAUUUCUGGAGCUCAUAUGAACCCUGUUGUCACGAUUUCAUUUGCAACAGUGGGCCAUUUUUCAUGGAAGCAGGUUCCAGCUUAUAUUGGAGCUCAGUUGGGGGGAGCAAUAGCAGCUUGUUUUACACUUGGCGCAAUGUUUAUUGGUGUAUCAGACAUUGGUACUACAAGGCCCUCGGGCCCAGUGCUGCAGGCCCUCAUAAUGGAAAUCAUCGUAUCCUUCCUGCUAAUGUUCAUUAAUUCUGCUGUUGCAACUGAUGCCAGUGCGAUAGCCGAGCUUGCUGGGAUAGCUGUUGGCUCUACAGUCACAAUAACAGCCAUUUUUGCAGGGCCCAUCUCAGGAGGAUCCAUGAAUCCAGCAAGGUCACUGGGUCCAGCAGUGGCAAGCAACAAAUACACACAUUUUUGGAUAUGUGUGAUAGGUCCUCUUGUGGGAACAAUCAUGGGUGCAUGGUCUUAUACCUUCAUUCGCCUCACAGAAAAACCUUUUCCAGCCAUUUCCUUGAGGAACUUAUCUUCAUUUUCAAAUCGGAAAGAUCUCGAUAAAAAGAUUAUCCUUUCAGCUGAAGCAUAAAACAUAUGAAUUCUUCUUAUUGUGUUUCUGUUUUCUAAUUAUUCUUUUAAUCUGAUGAUAAAAUGCACAAUUGAAAGCAGAAAGGAAAACACUAACUUUCAACUAAGGUUGUUCUAAGAAGGUAGCAUAUUUAAAUGUAAAUAUUUCUCUUUUUUCCUACACAUAAGCAUUCUAUUAACUCAAUUACAUGGCAACUGUUUCCCUUGCUUCAGUUGAGAUUAUUUACUUGAUAAAAAUCAAUGAAUUUGUAGUCUUAUUUCUGUUGAAAUUGUAUUUAAAAACAUCGCC